UUAACGAUCUAUGAAUUGAAUUAAAACCGGAUAAUGAUUAUCCACGCCAGGGACAGUACUGUUGGCGUAUCCGAACAUCACCUCUCGGCCAUUGGCAAUUUCUAUUUUGGCAUCUCACUGCCUUCACUCACACUACAACUUCCAGUUAAAGGUCAGAAUCCUAAAUCCUUGAUUUGUGAUUUUCUUCGAUGCAGAUCAAUGUAGAGAAAUUAUCAUAAGUUCUUUCGUGAAUUUUAGAUUCUGAUUUUGGAAGUUGAGGUUUUGUUAUCUGAUCUUAAGCUCUACUAUAGAAAUGGCGAAUUCAGCGUCACUACUGUAUGAUCAGCUCAAGGUUGCUGAGCCGUUUUUCUUAUUGGCUGGUCCAAAUGUGAUCGAAUCCGAAGAGCAUGUUCUUCGUAUGGCUAAAAGCAUCAAAGAUAUUUCGACAAAGCUUGGGUUGCCUCUGGUUUUCAAGUCAAGUUUCGAUAAAGCUAACAGAACUUCAUCAAAGUCCUUCCGAGGUCCUGGCAUGGCUGAGGGGCUCAAGAUUCUUGAGAAGGUGAAAGUAGCAUUUGAUCUACCAAUCGUUACUGACGUUCAUGAGUCGAGUCAGUGUGAAGCAGUUGGCAAGGUUGCAGAUAUAAUUCAGAUACCGGCGUUCUUAUGUCGACAGACAGAUCUUCUGGUCGCGGCAGCCCAAAGUGGGAAAAUUAUCAACAUAAAGAAAGGACAAUUUUGUGGUCACUCUGUCAUGAGAAACUCGGCUGAGAAGGUUAGACUCGCAGGGAAUCCAAAUGUGAUGGUUUGUGAAAGAGGAACCAUGUUUGGAUACAAUGAUUUAAUAGUAGAUCCACGAAAUUUGGAAUGGAUGAGGGAAGCUGAUUGUCCCGUUGUUGCUGAUAUAACUCAUUCAUUACAACAACCUGCAGGCAAGAAGUUAGAUGGUGGGGGUGUUGCUAGUGGUGGCCUUCGCGAAUUAAUACCAUGCAUAGCAAGAACCGCCGUAGCUGUUGGUGUCGAUGGAAUUUUCAUGGAGGUGCAUGAUGAUCCUUUAAAUGCACCGGUCGAUGGUCCAACACAAUGGCCUCUGCGUCAUCUAGAAGAACUGCUAGAAGAGCUCAUUGCAAUCGCGAGUGUCACAAAGGGGAAACAACAGUUCCAAAUCGAUCUCACGCCUUAUCGUGAUUAGAAUCAAAGGGUCCGUACGUCACUUUGGGUGCAACUACAUCUUCUUGAUAAUAUUUCAAUCUUGUCGGAGCAAUAAGCAUUAUUUGGCAAAACACAUCUCUCCACAGUGACUAAUGUAUAUUCAAAGUAGCUGAUGUUGCCUGAUAUGAUAUCAAAUGUCUAAGUUUGUUUUAUUUUUGAAGAAAUAAACAACAAUUAGAAGUUAAAUUACUUUUUAUGUCAACAUAAAGCACUUUUUCUAUACCUGAUCUUGUAGUCUUUUCUUUAAGUUUUUUUACAUAAUGCAUGGUUUCUUUCU